UCCCAACUAUCACUCCCAGCCUGAUCUCGCGACGCGGGACGACCUGGCUUUAGAGCUGCCUCCGCACCAGCCGCGGGUGGAGAAGAUGGCGGUCGCAGUGAGAACUUUGCAGGAGCAGCUGGAAAAAGCCAAGGAGAGCUUAAAAAAUGUAGACGAGAAUAUCCGGAAGCUCACCGGCCGGGAUCCUAAUGACGUGAGACCCAUCCAAGCUCGAUUGCUGGCCCUCUCAGGCCCUGGUGGAGGUAGGGGUCGUGGUAGUUUAUUGCUAAGGCGUGGAUUCUCAGAUAGUGGAGGAGGACCCCCAGCCAAACAGAGAGACCUUGAAGGGGCAGUCAGUAGGCUGGGAGGGGAGCGUCGGACAAGAAGAGAAUCACGCCAAGAAAGCGACGCAGAGGAUGAUGAUGUUAAAAAGCCAGCGUUGCAGUCUUCAGUUGUAGCUACCUCCAAAGAGCGUACACGUCGAGACCUUAUUCAGGAUCAAAAUAUGGAUGAAAAGGGAAAGCAAAGGAAUCGACGUAUAUUUGGCUUGUUAAUGGGUACCCUUCAGAAAUUUAAACAGGAAUCCACUGUAGCUACGGAAAGGCAAAAGAGGCGUCAAGAAAUUGAACAAAAACUUGAAGUGCAAGCAGAAGAAGAAAGAAAACAAGUUGAAAAUGAAAGGAGAGAACUUUUUGAAGAAAGGCGUGCUAAACAGACAGAACUGCGACUUUUGGAACAAAAGGUUGAACUUGCUCAGUUGCAAGAAGAAUGGAAUGAGCAUAAUUCCAAAAUAAUUAAAUAUAUAAGAACUAAGACAAAGCCCCAUUUGUUCUACAUUCCUGGAAGAAUGUGCCCAGCUACACAAAAGCUGAUAGAAGAGUCACAGAGAAAAAUGAACGCUAUGUUUGAAGGUAGACGAAAUGAGUUUGCAGAACAAAUAAAUAAAAUGGAGGCUAGGCCUAGAAGACAAUCAAUGAAGGAAAAAGAACCUCAGGUGGUGCAUAAUGAAGAACAGAAGGCGGAGCAAGAAGAGGGUAAGGUGGCUCAGCGUGAGGAAGAGAUGGAGGAGACAGGUAAUCAGCACAAUGAUGUAGAAAUAGAGGAUGCAGGAGAGGAAGAGGAAAAAGAAGUAGGUGCAGUUCAUAGUGAUACAGAGAAAGAACAGGAGGAGGAUCAUAAAAAGGAAAUGGAGGUUAAAAUGGAGGAGGAGAAUGAGGUGAGGGAAAAAGAGAAGCAACAGGAUAGUCAGCCUGAAGAAAUUAUGGAUGUGAAAGAGGAGGGAGAAAGUGUCAAAAAUGUAGAUACAGAACUGGAGGAAAUGGAAACUAAUCAAGGUGAAAGUGUAGGGCCUUCAGAAAAUGAGAAUAGCAAAGAAAUAGGACCAGAGUUGGAGGGUGAGGCUCAGCCAAAGAAAGAGUAUAAGCCUAUUUCUCCUGUGAAGGAGAAUGCUAAUGUUCCAGAAAUUGAAAAUGAAUCUGAAGAGAAACAAGAGAGAGAACCUGAGUCCCAGCCAGAGUUUGUGGUUCAACCCCAGCCCCAAUCCCAACCCCAGCCCCAGUCUCAUCCCUUGCCCUCACUCCAGCCCCAGUCCUUGCCUCAGUCUGAGACUUUACCCUUAACACUUAUAGAGCCACCACCUCAGGUCAUGCAGGAACCAAGGCAUCUGACCGAGAGGAAAGAGUUUGCUAUAGAGCCUGUCAGACUUCCUGAGGUGCAAAUAGAGCCAAUCUUGACAAUGCCUACAGAGAGGAAAACCAAAACCAAAACAAGGAGCAGAAGCAGGGGUCGAGCCAGAAACAAAACUAGCAAGAGUAGAAGUCAUAGCAGUAGCAGUAGCACUUCAAGUAGUAGUUCCACUAGUAGUAGUAGUGGCAGUAGCUCCAGCAGUGGCAGCAGUAGCAGUCGGAGUAGUUCCAGUAGCAGCACUAGCACUAGUGGAAGCAGCAGCAGAGACAGUAGUAGUAGCAGCACCAGUAGCAGUGAGAGUAGGAGUCGAAGCCGAGGUCGGGGACAUAACAGGGAUAGAAAGCGCAGGAGGAGUGUGGAUCGGAAGCGGAGGGAUACAUCAGGACUAGAAAGAAGUCACAAUCACAAGUCUUCAAAAGGUAGUAGCAGAGAUACAAAAGGAUCAAAGGAUAAGAGUUCUCGGUCUGACAGAAAAAGGUCUAUAUCAGAAAGUAGUCGGUCAGGCAAAAGAUCUUCAAGAAGUGAAAGAGACCGUAAAUCAGACAGGAAAGACAAAAGGCGUUAAUGGAAGAAAACAGGCUUCCUUAGCCUAUUUGCAGCAGAAGAUGUCUUGAUGUGUAAAAGGAUACCUUUCCUUUUAAGGAGAAUGCUGCCUUAAGAAUUGCAUGUUGUAAAAUUCUUUUUGGAAAAAUACAGACUUUGUUUACCAGACAUUCUUGUACUUUUUACAUAAUUUUGUAAAAGUUAUUUAUCAAAAUUAUGUGAGGUUCCAAAAAACAUGUAAAAAAAAAUAAAAAAGAUUAACAACCCUUGUCAUCUUUUUUAAAUAUCCCAUGCUCUACAUUAAGAAUCUGUAUAUUUUACUAGGUAAAUCUUUAAGUUUGUGAGUUCACUUCUAAUUCUGUAUCAUACAUUGUUUUUGUAGAAAUAAAUGUACAUUAAAGAAUUUUUUUUUGAGAUGUCCUGGUUGACACUUGUGUAAUCUCCUCAGAAUCAGUUUCAAACUACUACCCACUAUCUACUGGAGGUGCUUAGGGGAACACUUUUUUCUUCCCCGUUUUUAUUUACAUGAAUAACUGUUAACCUUAACCUACCCCUUUAGGUGGUUAUUUUUGGUUUGACUAAACCACUGAAGAUAAAAAUUUGAGGAAGAAAGUAGUUCAUUCUCCUCAUUCUUUUAAAUAAUUUUUUCUCUUUUCUUUGUCCCCCUUUUUAUUUUAACAAGCUUUUUUGUUGUUUCUGAUCCUCAAACCAAAUAUGAGGUGUCAUUAGGUACAUUAUACUGCUAAUUGUUACUUGGUUGACUUUUGUCUUCCCAAGCAUGGUAGCAUCACUUGCCUCUAGUGAUCCAUAUGAUAAAUUUAUACCUCUUGCAGAAAAAAAUUUAUUUCUUUAUUUCCCCUGCGGGAAGGAACCAAAAGUAGCCUCUAAACUUGGUUUUUGGAUAUGGUGGUCUAAGAUGUAACCUUGGAGAUUGGAUAUGACUGGCUUGUGUUGGCUAUAGUUAAGACAAAUGCCAAUAUGUGUUGAGAAUUUUCUUCAUGUUGUAUGAAGGUUUACAAAAUGAGGGGAACUCGGGUCUAGACUUGAAUAUGUAUGCAAAACAAGGUAAUACACAGUGAUGAUCAAAUUGUAUUUUAUAAUUUUGUAUGAUCCUAGUAUCUGUUGGUCAAUACUGUUCAUGUGCAAAUAAAUGUGACUUAGACUUAAUGUGA